GAUGCCUCUUGGCCCAGGGGUUACCCUCCCGAAGGAGUGUGGUACGACUGCACCUGAUCCCCGGAAAGGAGGCUAAGAUAUAAAAUGAAAAGAAAGCCUGCAGACACACAAUGUAGCUCAACUUAAGGAUUCAAUACUGCAGCUAAUAUGCUAAAUACCAGCUGUCUGGAACGUGAGGGGAACAUCUUGCGCUGGAAUGGUGUGGCUAACUUCUAACAACACUGUGAGAGGUGGGAGGAGAGGCUGGCUCUCAUACAGAGGGUGGGACUCUGGGACCAUGGAGCUUCAUUCACUCUGCUGAACACACAUACACACACACAUGCUGCACAGGACUGUUCUCAGGCUGAGAGGAAAGAGGGGAGCAGAGGGGAGGACAGCACGCUCGCUGAGUGGUGACAGGCAGGAAAAAAGAGACACAGAGCGAGGCACAGAGGUACAGAGGGGUACAUCAAACCCUGAAGAGCAGAGAGGUUUCAGAUUCAAGGUGUAGUUCCAAGACAUAAGACACACUGAUCCGGGGAGCAGGUACCAGGCCUUAGAUCCCAGGACCAACCUCCAGGAUGUCCCGGAGGAGGUCUACAGGGGACUUGGUGCCUAAGGACAUCACUGAGAUCUUAGCCCGGGAGGCAAGGGUUCAGCGUGGGCAGAAGAAGUCUGGAAGCUCUCUGGGACACGCCUUUAGCUGGUUCAAAGGGAGCAGGAAGAAAAAGAACAUUGGAAAUGGGUUGAACCGAGCUGUUACUGGAGUGACGGAUGCCAAACUGGGACUACAGAACCAUGAACCUGCAAAAGCUGGCCCGAAGGCUAAUGAUGACCAGAAGAGGUUGACCGUCCACUACACGACCUCUCAGCAUUACCAGGAGAAUGUGUUCAUUGAGGGCAGCAGGCCACAGUACCUGGAGGACCUGCACAUAGAGGCCCAGGAAGGCCUCAAGAUACUACAGCAGGAAGAACACAAGAAUGGGCUGAACUUCCCCGACAAUGAGAGCAUCGCUUCAACAGACACUCUGCGUCCGGAGCAGGAUAUCAGCUCCAAGGACGGAGGUUUCUCUCUGGAGUCGAGAUCCACCGCAGGGAGCACUGACACCACAGUAACCUCUGCUGUGUCGACAAGGCCUGUACUCACCCGCCAAGGUUCAACGUUCAAGCCUCUGAAUCCAGUUAAAAGAGUAGACAGAAGUAAGAAAAGGAGCAGGAGGACCACCAUCAUGGGCAUUCCUAACCAGGUCCACAAAGAACUUGCAUUGCAAAGAACCUCAACCUUCCAGCAACUUGUUUCCACUCAACCCCAGGAUCAGGAUGGACAGAUCAGACACAACCAAUCAGGCGUUGUUAUCAUUCCUACAGUCGAUGGAGGGACCGCAGUCACAAACAAGGAGGGAGCAAGGGUGCAUCUUUCAGACCUGGAGCUGGCUGCAUCCAGAGAUGAACAGCUGCUGACAAAGCACUUCCAGGCAAUGAGUCAAGAAGAGCAGCUCUUCAACCACCAGGGUUUUAACUCAUACCUCGGGCCAAAUGCAAAUCUAAGACCCAAGUCUCUUGCAGUACCUGGCAUGACCACUUCUUUCACCUUCUCUUCUUCAACAAUGCUCAGCUUUCUCCAGGAACCCAAGGGCCCAGUGAUGUCAAUUUCACCACAAGCCACCUACUUGUCAACAAUCAUCCCAAAUGCGGUCUUGCCAGCCUCGAUCGACGUCAUCGAGAUAGACCGCAGCAGUAGCCGGGCACGUGGGAGCAGUGUAAACCAUGGCAGUAGUGUCCGCACGAUGAGCAAAAGCAGCCUGGCGUCUGGAGACUCGUCGGUCAGCCCUUUGUUGUCCAGAAGAUCAGACGGUGAUGGUUCCCAGGCAGACGUUUUUCACAAAGACUCUGGUCCAAUGCCCACAUCAGCGUCUGUACCAAACUGGAAUGAGUCACCAUCUUCAAAGACCUUUAUUUCUCAGUCCUCCCCGGUAUCAUCAAAGGGCAGCACACACAGUGCUACUUCUCAGAGAGGGGAACUGAAAGGGCAGGAGAGCCAGGCUAGUGAGGACCAUGACCGUGUCAGCCUCCGGAGCUCAGUUAGCAUGAGCAGCAGUCGAAGUGAAAAUGUUUUUACAGGUCAAGGAUGUGAGUCUGGUAUGUCAGGGUCGGUAGCUGCUGGAGAGGAUGGAAAAACCAAACAGAAUUUCACUCGUAGUCUGUCUGUUAUGAAGACCAAGCAGCCCCCUGCACCUCCAAGGAGAACAAACUCUCUGCACAGUAACAGGAUCAGGAGCAGCUCCAGGGUGCUGGUAGAAAGCAAAGUCAUCAAUGAAUCAGUGUCUGGAGUGAUGGUGAAUGAUACAGAAAAUCUUGCAGCGAAAAACGAUGCAAAUUCAGCUAUUGCAAACACUACUAAGAUCCCCAUCCCUAUGUCAAAAUCUACAGAAUCUGUCACUUCUCCCACCAGUCCCUUGAGCCCCAUUGAGGUAGGAAGAGCAACAGAGUCCCAGUCAGAGUGUGCAAACUUGUUCCAACAGAAGUCUUCCUCUGAUGGGGUGAAAUUUGAACGCACCAUGUCUCCUUCCAGUGGCUACUCAAGUCAGAGUGGUACACCAACACUUUCCCCAAAAGGCAUCUCUCCAACCUCCCCGGAGAAGCAGAAAAAUAAACCAAUUAAACCAGACCGAUCAGUAUCUCGGGCCUCAUCUUCAGGAGCUUCUCCUUCCUCUUCUCUUACUUCUCUUUCAUCCGGUGCAUCUGAGCCUGCCCAUCUAUCCACAUGUAGCCCCAGUCCACUUCUACAGGGUUCUUCACCUAAUGUUGCUGCAGAAGAGCUCCCUCCUAAAAACGGCUCUCCAACUUUACCUUCCAAAGUGAGGGAGUUGUUGAACGUCCCACCACCUCCCAAAGUCAAAGCACCUUGUCCUCCUCCUCCAGAGACGUGGAUUCACAACAGACGCUCCUUUGAGCUCCUGUGCGGUCCUUCUAAUGUCAGCAACGAAACCCAGAAACCAGCAGAGGGGACAGACAGCAUGGUUAAGCAAGCAGGAACCCAGACUGAAGACAGCGAGGAGAUGCAAGUUUUAGUUGAAAAAGAAGCAACCAUAGACAAGUCUGUUACAAAGUUGUUAGAAAGUGCUGCCAAGCCAGAGUCAUUGUUAGAGGCAGCACCAGGAAUCACUUGCAAGGAAUUGGAGAGUAGCCAUAGUCCUGGUAGCGAAGAGGAGGGAACGGAAGAAAGUGCUGACACACAGAAACAAGAGCAGAGUAGUAGCCCAGUAGUCAAGCUUCCUGAGAGUCAAGAGACAACUCCAAAGAAAGAUCCUCCUCCAGUCAUGAAGAAACCCAUGACUGUGCUGCACAGAGAGGAACUGGUGUCAAAGGAGCCCUCAGUGGAGAUAGAACCAAAUCAGAAAAGCAGCAGUGCGACCACAGAAGCUGAUGUUCCCGUUGAGAACAGAACAGUCUCAUUGUUAGAUUCAGACGAUAAGACAAGCAAUAGAGAGGUCACGUCCAUGCAGACACUUUCUAUAGAAGUCCCCAAAAUUAGCAAGACCUCUCCACCACCAACCCCACCUCCAGCAUACCACCCCACACCUCCACUGUCAAGAAAAACACCGACUCCAUCAGUAUCUACGUCACCGGAGGAUCUAGAGAGGGUACAGGAAGAGAACCAUGUCACAGAGUCUUGCUGGCCACCUCCUCCGCCUCCAAUGGAAGGGGACUCUGUCUUUGAUGGAGGAGAGGAGGUUGACUUUCCUCCACCUCCUCCACCUUUUGUGCCGGAGAGUGUGCCAAAAGUGACGGACAGUUGUGUGACGGAGCUGGAUCCCACAAAGAGACCGACAGACAAAGCUGAAGAGACAGUCGAGGAUUCAAGGGAAGCUGGGACUUCAGUCUGUGAACAAACUCCAGAUGUGCAUCCUGCUGUUCCACAAACAGUCAGUGACUCCAAACCAGAGGUGGAUGCUCAAAUUUCUGAGGCCAACACCUCCAAUGAGAUCCCUUGCAGGCAAGGUCAGACUACAUCUGUGUUAGACAAUAAGCAGCCUCUGCAAGUGGAUGUACCUACUUUGCAACCUAUUACAAAAGUUGAGCACCAAGUGUCUGUUUCUGCUUUGGUUCCAUCAAGCAGUCUACUGAGUCAAGACUUUCUUGAAACUGAAGAUCAGUCUCCUUCUGGGCCUCCAGUCAGUGCCCAACCUCCAGUUACAAUCCCAGUAGCACCCCCAUUACCAGCUGAGAAUUUAACCCAUGGCGUGAAUUUCAGGAGGCAGCCCAGUGUAGCACAUCGAGACACCAGGAGCAAGGAGCUCCUUUCUCGACACAAAAGUGCACCCAUUCCCAAAGAGGAUGCUAACAUACCUCUGGUCACCCCUUCCCUGCUUCAGAUGGUUCGCCUAAGAUCAGUUAACAUGACAGAGGAUCAGGUGAAAGCUCCCUCAGAGGACAAAUCAACAAACCUGGGAGCUCCAGUUCCUGAGAAUUACCCAGUCUUAAUCCCAGGACCACAAAACACACCCCAGAAGCCCAUCCGCAAGUCACUGUCGCUAAAGUCUCCCCCUAAAGCAGUCAAAAUGUCUCCUGUGACUCUUAACACCCCUACCAUGACACUCAACACCCCUUCACUGCGCUUACAGGAAGCCAUACGUAUGAAAACUGCAGCCAUGUCCUCAAGAGAUGGUCUUCCAUCCCGACUGGGAUCGUGGUCUUCAACCCACAGCUAUGUCAGUGAAACAGGGGCUCAAGGAGGAGACAUUCACAAGUCUCCAGCCUCUGCCGCCAGCUUUAUCUUCUCUAGGAGCACAAAAAAGGUUGUCAUAGAGACUGCGCCUGCCUCUUGUCCCGAAGCUCAGGCAAGUCUGAAGCAAAGCUUGGCUGCAGAGCUCAUGCAGAUGUCUGACCAAACAAAGGCCGUCACCAUCUCGAAUGGUGGAGUGAGAUCUGACAAAGUACCUCCACCUGUAGCGAAGAAACCAGCCCAUGGGAGUACUACGCAGACUCUUCCUGCUUGUUCAGCAAAGAUGGACCUAAGUAUGGGAGGAAAUGGAGCCAUAGGAGUGCGGAAUGUGAGUGGAAUAACACAACUUGAGACAACAACUACAAGAGUGACAGCGGACACAAUUGAAACACUGUUUUAAGCGAGCUUUGAGGUGAUCGGUGAAGGCUCUCGCCAGAGAAACAAGCAAAGACGGAAAGCAAGUAAAGGACGACCCACAGCAAGAAGUCACUGCUGAGAGACGUGUGUAUUUCAGCGAUCUGAGUGUCACGUGUGUUAAGUCUUCUCCUAAAGCCUUAGCCUGUAAUGGCCUUCCUACAUAUUUAUGCAAAAAAGCAAAACAAAGUGAUGCUCUGAGUUUCUGAUCAAAGCUUUAUUCUGGAGUAUUUUUCUAAGCUAUAGUUCUCUUAUCAAGGCCCCUCAGGAUGAAAUGUGUACAAUGGCUGAACUGUAAAUAUUUGGCUAGUGUAAUAUCGCCUCCCAGAGGUCGAAGUAGGCAGUGCUCAAUGCAGCUCAAAAGAAAGGAUUUGUCUCACGAAGCAUUUCUGUACAGAGAUUUACAGUCUGUUAGGUCUUUCCCCCUGUUGUAAUAUAAUGCACAAUUUUCAUUGGGGUUUAAAUCACCGUUUUAUCGCUUUUUAUGCUUCAAGAUCUGACCAUAAGGUCAUUGUCACGCUCGAUUUCAAUCCUGCUUUUUACUAUGUUGAUAGAGAGAUAGCUUUGGUGUAGUGUUUGAGAAAAAGGGAUGCUGCAUAUUCAACACAAUAACAGAGAUAUUGUCUAUUAGGACAGAGGCACUUUUGUAAAGGUUCAAAUGAGGCAUCAGGUUAUUCCUAAAUUGUCAAGAUGCUUUUACAUAAUCUUGUUCUCGGGUUAAAUAAAAGGUCAGCAGAUUCUGAAACAUCUUUUGAAUAACAGUAACACAAGUAUCAUUUAUUUAUGUGUGGCUUUUUCCAUUUGUAGCACUGUCAUUUACCUUCUACCAUAUCUGAAAUUUUCAACAAUCUGUUUCCUCUGAGAAACACGUUCAGGGCUAUAGGUGUGAAAACUGGCCUUGUUUGAUUUGUUACACUGGAGUUGACUUUGUGUGUAAUCAGUGUUUAUUUUAAACACUUCCUAUCUAAAACUUUUCUUCGCGGAAAAUCAAGCUUCUCACUUUUUGCACAAAAAUGCUUUUGCCCCCAGCAAAAUCAUUGGUGAGUGAAUUUUACUGACUCUUCAUGAUGGGUCAAAAAUCUACAUCUUGAUGAUUAUAAAGAAUUAUGUACAGUUAUUACUUCUAUAAAUAAAAUCUAAGUGUAU